UCUCCUCGAUAUAGUGAAACUGGCUCUCUCUCGCCCGUGGACGUAGCUAACACACAUCGUGUUAGUGAACCACGUAAAUCGUGUGUCUGUGUUUUUCGAUUCUCGCUUUCGUAUUCUUGCUUUGUCGAUUCCGACGAUUUCCAGAUCCGUAGCAGCGCGUUUAUAACACGUGAAGACUCGAAUUAGGUAGUUUUAGGGCUACAUACAUGAUACAUCACUGCCUUUAAGCAUUUUCAUACCAUAUUGCUUUACGAUACAUGUCGCGACACACUGUUUUUUGCUUGAUCCGUGUUAUGGACCUCAUUUGAUUGAUUGAUUCAAGCAGAUAUCUGGAUAGCACUAGAUGGUUAGACAUGUCAAAUACUUAGGUGUCGAUUUCUUUCGACCCACAAGAAUUAGCGCCACGUUACGCGGGUCAAUCAUAUUUCAAUCCAAUCAGGAAGCUAAUGCACCACACAUUCUAGGUCGAUCGAAGCAUGGUUUGAACGAAUUACAAUGCAUCAUCGACUCUACGUUUUGGAUCGGGUCUAGUUAGAUAUAGACAACAAUAAACGAAAAUCUAACUUAUAAUAAGCACCAUUGAGACGGUCCAUGCUUACAAUAUUUGAUCAAUCAACCCUAGCAUUAUUGAAACGACUGAUUUUCGGAGGACUUUUUGACUAGAACAGCAUCUUCAUCAUUCGGCUUGAAUUACAAAACCAGAUCUCUUAUUAUAUCAUUGCCGUCAAUCUGCUCUGCAUUCCCCCACCAUAAAACCACGGACGGACCCGUCUGGAAUCAGGACAAACCGCCGACUGUGGGAAUCAUACAAACGAAGCUACGUUGAAACAGAAUCUUUUCUGCCGAAUCCGGCUUUCUCAAGUGGAGAGAAUUUAGACUCUUUAACGGAAGAAGGCCAAAGUCCUAAUUGAAAAAGGGACGACCUUGUGAUUAGACUUCAUUGUGAUUUCUUGAAGAACAACAACGUUUGUACUUAGGUAAACUCCUUGACUGAAAUGUCAACAAAUGCCAUUUACUAGUAGUGUUGUGUUGCUACUAGCUAGAGAUGAAUUUGAGGUGUUUAGGAGUUGUUUGGUUGCCAUCUACUAGGUGGUUAAUUAUAGUUAUUCGAGAGAUGGUUGUGUUACACUAUCAUUUCGUGAUAUUAUGAGAUAUAUUUAAGGAAAGUAGUAUAGGAUUUCAUACAUGGGCUUUUCUCUAUAAUCCGAGUUAUGAGGAUACGUUGUUUGGUUGUCAUUUACUGGAUGUUAAUACGUUAUACGUAAUUGAGAGAUAGUUAUGUAAUGCAUCAGGUCUGGUGAAUCUGUCCAGGACAACUGGUUGAAAUAUUAUUACGAUAUAUGUUGAUUCAUAGAUAAUAUAUUGAAUCAUGUCAAUAAUGAGUUAGUCCGAAUAGUACAAAUUGCACUUGUCAUUUGAACAUCGUGUCAAAUACCUCCAAUCAACCUCGGAUUCCGCCGUCCAUGCAAACAAUUUCUCCCCUAUAAAACCACUAUAUGAAAAUCACAACCCAAACCACCACACUCAGCUUUCAUAGCAAGAAAAAGGCACUUCCACUUCCACUCCUCCUUCGCCAUAACCAUGACAAUUACCGCAGAGCUCAUCAUGAUCCCAAUCCCAGCAAUCGGCCACCUCCCGCCGGUCAUCGAGUUCUCCAAGCGCCUCAUCUCCCAAACCAAUCGGCUCUCUGUCACCAUCGUCCUCAUAAGAACCCCUUACGCCCCUGAAAUCGAAUCUUUCUCAGACUCAUUAGCCGCUUCCUGCGACCCAGAUCGAAUCAAAUUCAUCAGAGUCUCCGGCCCCAACAUCCCUCCAUUGGAAUCAAUCAAAUCUGCCCACACGUUCUUCCCUCAGUUCCUCGAUUCCCAGAAGAACGCCGUCAGAGAAGCUCUGCUGGCAGAUCGCGCGAAACAGAGUGGCUCCUCUGUUUCGACGGUGGUGGUCGGCGUGGUGGCGGACAUUCUGACGACCGCCGUGGUCGAAGAGGUCGGGAGAGAGCUAGAAGCUCCGACGUACCUUUUUUUCCCUUCCUGCGGAGCUGUUCUCAGCAUGUUGCUCAGUUUCCCGGCGGAAUUCCAGCCGGCGGUGGCAGCAGGGGAUCCCGACGGCGAGAUUUUUUUCCCUGGCUUUGCCAGCCAUGUCCCCCACAGGAUGCUCCCGGCGACGAUCCUCGAAGAGGAAGGUUACGCGGCGCUGAAUGAGCAUGUGGGUAGGUUCAGAGAAGUGAAGGGCAUCUUGUUGAAUUCGUACGAGGAGCUGGAAGCUCACGCCGUUGAGUCAUUGGUGGGGAAUUCGUUGCUGCCGCCGGUCUUCUGCGUCGGCCCGGUUCUCGACUUGAAAGGGCAGGGCAAAUUAGGGAGAACCAGCUCCUCGAUUGAGAAAAUCAUGACGUGGCUGGACGACCAGCCUCGAGAUUCGGUGGUUUUCAUGUGCUUCGGGAGCGUGGGGAGUUUCAGCGACGCUCAGUUGAAGGAGAUCGCGAUCGGGCUCGAGCUGGCAGAGGACCGGCGGUUCUUGUGGGUGAUGCGCGAGUCGCCGCCGAAAGAAGGUUUUGGGAUGCCCAAGGAUUACAUCGCCUACUCCGAGUCUGCUCUGGCGGGGCGCCUGGGAGAAGGGUUUCUGGAGCGGACGGAGGGGAGAGGGAUGGUGUGCGGGUGGGUCCCCCAGGCGGCGGUGCUGGCCCACGAAGCGGUCGGAGGGUUCGUGUCUCACUGCGGGUGGAACUCGACGCUGGAGAGCCUGUGGCACGGGGUGCCCGUGCUGGCCUGGCCGAUGUACGGAGAGCAGCAGAUGAACGCGUUUUACCUGGUGACGGAGCUGGGGCUGGCGGUGGAGAUGAGGGCGGACUACAGGAUGGAGGAAGGCAAGGUGGUGAAAGGCGAGGAGGUCGCGAGGAAGAUGGAGCUGCUGAUGGAUGGGGAGGGCGAGGUGAGAAGGAAAGUUAAGGAGAUGAGUAAAGCUGCCAGACGAGCAGUGGUCGAGGGUGGUUCUUCCUUUGAUGCUUAUGGUGGAUUUGUUGAUUUGGUCAUGAAGAACAAGCCUAUAGAUUGAUUUGGUUUGUCUUUGUCAUGUUGGGUAGGAAAGAUUUUAUGUGGAGCUUAUAGCCUUUUGGAUUCAUGAGCAAGGUUUAGGGGAAGAGUUCAUGGCAUUAGGGGCAAUUGUGUCAUUUUAGUGUUCUCUUGGUUUUAAGGGAUUGUUUGGUAGUUCAAAAUAAAAUAGAGUAACAUUUCGAUCAUAAUUCGACUACUUCUUACAGUUCCACACACAUACUGAUAGGGAUGUCAAUCCAACUCGUAACCAUGGGUACCCUACCCGAUCGUAAUCGGUCAACGAGGGUAAUUACCCGCUUUGACGGGUUAAGGAGCGGGUACGGGUAAUACCUGGUUUCAAAAUAAAGGGUAGGGUACGGG